AUGAUUGCCAAGUGCCAUUCCUCGAGAACAACUUCUCUCCGCUGUGCCACGUGGUCCUCCGCGAAGCACUUCCUCGCCACGCUUCUUCUCCUCAUCAGCGCAGCGAAUCUACAAGGCUGCGCGGCCGUUCCCAAUGGUGUUGGUUGUCGUCCUCAACACGUCCACGACCAAGGGCAACCUCCUGCUUCGACUUCCUCCGGCGCAGAAGUAGAUGACGCUCUCCCUGGGCUCUUCCUGCGGAUCUUGAUGAGGAUUCAGCUUCUUCUGCCAGCGCCUGCUCCAACAAGGACGAGGAGCACUCAGCAAGGUGCUCGCUGCAGAAUGAGGCCACCACUCUCGCAGGAGGACCACGUUGCCAAUAUCGACCAAGUCUCGUCGCGCGCGCAGUUUUAUCACUGCGGCAGCGAAGGUAUGGACGCAUACAAAGACGCAGAAUCUGAUACUGACCAUUUUCAAGAGGGGUGGCGCGUUUAUGGGUCGCACGUCGGAGAUCAUGGGGGAAACCGAAACGCUUUUUACCAGCCGUUGUUGUUUUACGGCCAUCAACCUGAGCGUCGUCAGCAGUUUGUACAGCCAGGAAGAUAAGUAUCUAAUAAAGUGGAAAAUUCUGCUUCUGCAGAGUGAGCACAUUCAUUCCCGUGGCCACGGAGGCGGAGUCCGGAGUAGAUGGUCUUACGAUUCAUUGUGGCUCCGAAACCAAGAGACCGUAACCUGUUCUGCGCCCGGAUGGGGGAACAAGAUAUUGACGAAAGACUGGAGUAUUGCGCUCGCGCAAGGGAGAUGAUGACGAGGUGCACCAGUCCCCCUGGCGGAAUGAGGCAUCAUGAUGAGACCAACGGAUGUCUGGCGCAGUCGCAGUAGAUGUAGUCAUUGUAGAGAACCCUCACACAGGAAAUGAGGCGUCCGCGAGAUUUCUAAAUCAUUGGACGAACCGGAGACAGGAGAGACGGAUUCCAGUUCCGCGACCUGGCGGUCAGAGAUACAGAAGAAUACUUGAACCAGUGGAAGAAUCCGGUCUUGUGGAAGCUCGAUGGCCGCCGCGGUGGCCAGUUUCAUUUAUACGGUGGAAGGAAUAGAAGUAUUACCUUGUGUAGUCGUGUUACCCUUACCCGGUAAAGUUGUUUCUGUGUUGGAAGGAAUGCAGAUACCUAGUUAGGUGGAAGGAAUGCAAGAAGAACCUGAUAGAUAAGAUUAGUUUGGUUUGGGUCCGUCUGAUGUGUUGUUAUCUUCAUGAGAUAUCUGGGGAUGGUGGAAGUGGUGAUAAACGACGAGUUGAAGGAUGAGUAGAAAUUUGAAGUUAAAACAAUAGGGAGCCGCGCUAUCAGAGUUUUUCGUUCCUACUAAUGAGAACAAUUGUUUCUCCGCUUCCCUCUGUCUGUGGAUUUACCCUUACUAGGUAUUCAUCCAACAUCAACAUUAGUGGAGUUCGCAUACUUAUUCUUAUGAUCAUCACAGAAAGAAAUUGUAGGAUCUAGCUAGUACAUGAUUACCAUUCAACAUCGACAGCACUCGCGAUCCAGAAAACUCAAGAUCAACACAAGUAGAAGCGAAAUCGCUUCUAAUACUACAAUUUACAGAAGAGCACGUGCAAGAACUUGUUUCUCCUGAGGAUCCAAGGAACAAGAUGUUGUAUGAUCUCAAGAUUCUUAGGAUGCACCUGAAGGCAAGCAGUGAGCUUACG